AUGAUGAAUUCAAGAUAUGCUUCACAAAUUGAAUCAAAACUUGUAAAUAUUAAUCGAUCUCUGCAUAAACUUCGUCAUCAUCUGAGAAUUGGUGAUAAUGGUUUGAUUCGACUAGAAAUGGAACAUUUUAUGAAUUUAAUAACUGAAUUUAAUAGAAUACUAUCAAAUUUGGAAAUGAUUGGUCGACAACCUGAAGAAAUACUAACUUUAAAUAAUAUAACAAAUUAUUAUGAUGGUAUUCAUCUAACAUUGUAUAGCUAG